AAAACACUGAUCAUUUAUUGAACAGGAUGGAAUAAUUUCAGAAUUAAAGAACUUUCAGAAGUUUGGAUUCUGAAUGUGAGCAGAGUUUUUCUUUAAUUGUCACCCACUAUGUAAGUUGUUUGAAUGCAACUUUUUUCUAAAUGAACAGUUUUGAAGGAAAAGUUGUCGCCAUGAUCUUUAAUAUACAUUUAAUCACAGAAACUGCUUUUCUGCUAUCCUCCAGUCCAGGCGGUGGCGCUAAAGGCACAUAAAGUUAUUUACCGAGCAUCAAAUAUAGAAGAGAAGAAGAAGCAGUAAUGGCUGCCGGUGAGCAGUGAGGGCAGCAGGGUGAUCGGUGUCCGCAGCAUGGAGGCCUUCUAUCCGCGCGCUCAGGCUGAAGCUCCGCAGCAUCAUGUUUCCGGCGGAGGGAUCUACUAUCCCAGCUCAGAGCAGCCGAACCACACCCCUCCACCGUGGAUCCCUCCGUCCGCUAACUUCCCCGCACCUCCUCCAGGAGGAGCAGCAGCAGCUUUCGGAGGUUCUCGGUUUCCUCCUCCGUAUGGAUUCGGCCCCCCGCCGCCAUUCGGCUGCCCUCCACCUGGACACCUCCCGGGAAGCGCCCCUGCCCGGGCAGACUGCGGUGAUGGAGGGCUUCUCUACCGGGGCCCUCAGCACCUCCUCCAGGAGCGGAGCAGCGGCUGGGAACCAGAACCGGAGGAUGAGGAGGAGCUGCAGAGGAAGCAGGACCGCCGGUGGGUGGCCCGGUUAGUGGGGGGGAGAGGAGCCCGCGCGCCGCAGCGGCCUGAAGGAGGAUCCCUCCCCGCCUUCAGGGAGGCUCUGUACGGAGCAGCUGGGCUGCUCUCCCGGCUGCAGCAUCUCUGCGGCCUCCUGCAGGAGCUUCUGCAGGAGGCAGGAGGAGGCUGGGCGGAGUCCUACCAGAUGGCCCUGGAAGCAAAGACUGAGCUGCAGCAGGAGCUGCAGAGACUCUCUGACCCCCACAGAUUAAAUCAGCUGAAAGCUAAAGGGGCCCGCAUCGCCAGGAGGAGGGCCCGGAGCCUGAGGGCCAAGAAGGAGCUGCAGAUGGAGGAGAAACUAGCAGCAGAUCUGAGCUCUGAGAAGGAGGCCUCCAUAGAUAAAUGGAGGAGCAGACAGAUCCAGAAAGAAGAGGAGAAGAAGAAGGUAAUAGUUUCUAGUUUAGAGAUGUUAAUGAGGCAACAGGAACCAAACUACUGCCACCUAGAAAUAGCAGCUUCUGGAAGAUGUCUGGAUAAUGUUCUGUAUAUCGCUAUGGCCACCACCCCCCAUAAUAAAUAUUGUUUCCUGUGUUGUUCUUCCAGGAGGGACUGGGAUGCGUUUCUGGUUUCAGGAGAUCAUCCGGAUGGUUCCUCCGUUCCUCAGAACUGGGUCCUGCCAGACUCCCCAUCAGACCAAACCUGGGCCUCUGCCCUGCAGGCUGCUGAAGAUGACCUCUGACCCACAGAGCAGACGAGGACUUCACGCAGACACAGUGACACUCAUACUAUGUAUGGGCCUGACUGAAGAUUUUGUUUCAAAAAGUAUU